AAUUUUAUGAGGUGGUGGUUGUGUGUGUUUUCGCCAACUCACAGCCUUUGGAUUAUUUUUCUCAAACAGUAUUCUCGUUCGUGUAUUUGGGAAUGUGAUCUACUGAUCUGUCAAUAUUUUGUCUAAAAGAGAAAGGCAUCACAUACAAAGGGCUUCCACAUACACCAUGUCCUCAAGAGACGCCCCGGGGGAGAAGGGCGUUGCUGUCCUGAAGCGGAAUAAAUCAUCGUCCAGCGUGGUGGAGGAUCCUCACCACCAGUUCCGACACAGUGAUACCGCGUCAGAAUCCGAUUCUAACGAUGACAAUGGAUCGAUGUCGAGCACCGCGGUGGAGAACGCGACCACCGCGUCGGUCAUCACGAAGCCGACGACGCGGAAACGGAAGAACCGGAAGUCGCGCCAGGAGUGGGAGAUCCUGGAGGGACUCAAGGAGGGGCAGGUGUGCGAGGACAAGCCCGACAAGUACCAAGGAUUCCUCCUCAAACGCAGGAAGUGGCCUCUCAAGGGAUGGCACAAGAGAUUCUUUGUUGUGGAUAAAGGAAUACUAACUUAUGCAAAAUCGCCACACGAUAUUCAGAAGGGAAAAUACCACGGUGUCAUCGAUCUAGGGCUGUCUGUGUUGACUUUCAAACGACCGAGGAGACGAAUCCAAAUCGAUGCUGAAGAUCAGAUAUACCACAUCAAAGUGAAAGACAGUCGAGCAUUUGAAGAAUGGUUGUCACGGUUGCGACACCACCGCUUGUACAGACAGCAUGAGAUUGCAUAUGGAACGAAAGAGUCGCCAAGACUCACUGGGAUUACCCCCCCUGUUCAAGAUUUACCUCUUAAUUCGCCAAAUAUUGCCGAGAGCUUGAAAAAGGAUGUAAUACGGCAGACCAGCUUCAAGGCACCGGGUCACGGUCGCGUAGCAGCCUGGGUGCUGGACACUGCAGGCUUCGACCAGUGCAAUAAGGGUGUCAGUGAAGCCCAGAAUCAGCUGUGUGACCUCCGCGACCUGCUAGAUCAAAUCCAGAACCUCCCACUGUCUGGUGACCCCACUCUCGAGUUAUUGGAAACAGAAGGUUGUGAGAAAAAGAAAUCUCGACGUGGAUUUGGCCGGAGUAGUAAGAAAAAGGACUCGAAGCUAGGUAGUCCGACUUUAAGAGACUCCAGUGAGACAGACCUGGCUGGCUCUGGAUCGUUGGUGGUUCCUGAGCGGAUGCACUCAAGCGCGUCGAACCCGAACCUGUUGAACCACACAACAUCGUCACGGCCGAUGAGUCUCUCAGACAUGCCGCUGAGUCAGUCGCACGAACAACGUAUCCAGGAGAUCAAACUGAGGGAGACGUUCAUCACCAAGGGUGAACAAGUGCACAACCAGCUGAAGAGUUUAUUACACAUGAUGAACACUGAGCGAGAGCGGCUGAAGCAGACGAUUGAGAGCGAAUCGAGCACUCUGACACAGAACACCAACACCAUCACGUCUCUCAAACAGUCGCUAUUUGAGGCACAACGACAAAACACAGCAUUAAAGAGCCGACUUUCUCGGAUCCACACUGAAUCGAAUAUUUCUGACUUGCAACUUCCACCCACGUCACCGAUAUUGUCUCCUAAGGUGGAGCAGUCGAAGCUGGGACAAUCUCUGUCUAUAGACAGUUUCUCUUUGUCUGAAUAUUACGAUGCUGAAGAGAUUUUUGAGAAUAUCAGUGAAUCUUCCUCAGAGCAUUCCGAUGAGGCUUCCAGUGAUGUGUCUGACGAUUUUGAGACCGAAACUGAUGCUGUUAGUGUAACAUGUGCUUCCGUGGGUGAGUUUUCGUCGGUGUACCCGACCGGACGCCGCUCCAAGCUGCCGGCUCCGCGGCCCGACACGGGCGACAUCAGUCUGUGGAAUCUGUUGUACAAGAACAUCGGCAAGGACCUCACCAAGAUCUCCAUGCCUGUCACGCUCAACGAACCGCUCUGCACCCUACAGAGACUCUGUGAGGAGCUUGAAUACAGUGAAUUGCUGGACAAGGCUGUGGAGUUUGAUGAUCCUUACGAGAGAAUGACCUAUAUAGCAGCAUUUGCUGUGAGUAGCUAUGCAAGCUCGUUCUACCGCGCGGGGAACAAGCCAUUCAACCCGUUGCUAGGGGAGACGUACGAGUGUGUACGAGAAGACAGAGGCUGGCUCUUCGUCUCCGAGCAGGUCAGCCAUCACCCUCCAAUAUCUGCCUGCUUCUGUGAAUCGAAAAACUUUACCUUCUGGCAAGAUAUCCGAGUUAAAACCAAAUUCUGGGGUAAAUCCAUGGAGAUACAGCCAUUAGGAACGGUCAACGUUUGCUUGCCCAAGUUCCAGGACCACUACAAGUGGAACAAAGUGACCACGUGUGUUCACAACGUGCUGGGAGGGCAGCGCUGGGUCGACCAGUACGGAGAGAUGUACAUAACCAACGGUGGCAUAGUCUGCAAGCUUACAUUUACAAAGGCGAGUCACUGGUCGUCGAAGCGUUAUGAGGUUCAAGGUGAGAUUCUCAAUCCGGAGGGCAACGUGGUGCACAACCUCUUCGGCAAGUGGAACGAAGCUUUCUACUGUGGGCACUCGUCAUCCGCUCGCUGUAUAUGGAGACAAGGUGCUAUGCCAGAAGACAGUGAUUUGUAUUACGGGUUUUCGCAGUUUGCUAUAGAGCUUAAUGAACUCGACAAGGAUCAGAUUAAGUUUUUACCACCGACAGACUCUCGGUUCCGACCCGAUCAAAGGUUACUGGAGGAAGGUCGUAUAACCGAAGCCGAGGCCGAGAAACAGCGUCUGGAAUACAAUCAACGAGAGCGGCGGAAGAAAGACGGGGAAACGGAGCCACGCUGGUUUAAAAAGACGAUGACGAAUGACAAGGAAGUGUACGACUUCACAAAGCAAUACUGGGAGGCUCGCAAAGAUCCCGGAUUCAGUCGGAUGUCCUUCGUAAAACUCUGGUGAAAUGAAAUGUUUUUUGCUGAGCAACAAGUCUUGUUGCCAUGGUUACUGCCAGACAGGACCGUGAUGCCUUCCAUUGCUGUGUGACAUAUCUGUGACAGUCUUAUCCUUGUUGCCGUGGAAACGUGGAUUUUGCUGUGUGACAUAUCUGUGACAGUUUUAUCUUUGUUGCCAUGGAAACGUGGAUUGCUGUGUGACGUAUCUGUGACAGUUUUAUUCUUGUUUAAUGGAAACGUGGAUUGCUGUGUGACAUAUCUGUGACAGUUUUAUCCUUGUUGCCAUGGAAACUGUGGGAUGCUUUCAUGUUGCUGUCACAGGUCUGUGACACGUAUUGUCAUUGCCAUGGCAACUGUUGACAGAUGGUUGCGUUAUUGCUGGGUUGUGAAUUAAAUCCAUGACGGUUAUCCUUGUUGCCAGAGAAACUCUCCGAUCUGUAAAUUUUUGCAGUGUUGCAGAUGUGACAAUUUUCCUUCCUCGUUGCCAUGGUAAGGAGCAGCCACUGACAUAGCAUCUUUUUAUCUUUACCUUACAAUCAUUAAGGAAUUUUUAGUUUUUAACUUGUGCUGGUUGGUGUGGACACUGAUUCGGAUUCGGAUAUAUUUUGUGUGUGUGUCUGUUCAUGUGGUUACCAAUACGAUGUAUCCACUUGACAGUGUGUGCUUGUGGACACAUUUCUGUAUCUACCGUUACAUGAUCUGGUCGGGGGCAAAAAAAAUUGAUAUUGUGGAGUAAUCAAUAAUCGCACGCAUCAAAAGUCCUGCGAAAAAUGUAUAGGGUUUUCUGUCUAAAACUAUAUAUCAAAAUUUGCCAAAUAGCCAAUGAUUAAUAAAUCAAUGUGCUCUAGUGGUGUCGUCAAACAAAACAAACUUCUUCAAAAGUCGUGCAUGGCAUCAUUUUUCUAAAGCUCACGAACAUGCGCGAACCAGUGACGUCAUAUUCACCAACAAAUGAAAAGACAAUACUUCCUGGUCCAAUAUCAUAUUAUACCUAAAAUGAAAAACAUUUCGAUAAGUGAUUUACAUCAUUUGUUCUUUCAUCAGUAAAAAGUCUGUUUUCUCUAAUACCAUAUACAAGGAUCAUGAGAUAAAAUUGCCGAACAUAUAAAUAGAAUGGAGUGUGUGACUAUUCAUUACGUUUUAGAUAGUACGCCAAAAGUGGGUUCUAUUUAAAAACUUGCUAUAACAGAUGAAUUUGGCAGUAGCUAUUAACAACAAAUAUAUAUACUACCUGUAUAUAUACAGCACUGGUCCAACUACAUGUACAUGAUUAUUUUACUGUUUGUCCGUAUUAUUACGAGCGCGACUACUGACUACUCCAGGCUAUCUGCAGCUGUAACCCGGACGACACUCCACACCAGACAGGUGGAGACAGCCACUAGCUCUGGCAUUUGUCAAAUUCAUCAAUUGCGAAUUUAAAAAACACAAACGGCUAAUUUUAUUUUAAUUUGGCGAAAUAAUUUUAUGAAAUAAUUGAUAUUUUGCUGGAAAAUAACUGGGUUACUGUAAUUUUUGAAGUUUAAUAAAUAAUUUGGCGAAGUUUACUGCCAGUCCAGAGCUAGCCAAUCCUAUGUUAUUUCAUUGUGUCGGAUUUUAGCCGCAUUCGUGUCCGCGAUCGCAUACACACACGUGGACGCGCAACUGUAUAAAGAUGGCCCCUCAUCACUUACAUACAUUUCUCGUUGUUGCCAAGGUAACUGUGGUGGAGAGACCUCCCACCCACCUUGCUCUUCCUUAGCUGUUCCUCACUGCCAUCGUCAUGGUGAUAUCAUAGAUUUUGUAGAGAUUCUUGUUGUCACGGCAACCAACAAAAACAAAAAAUCCCAUUACAGAUGUUGGCAAGGUUUUACAUGUGAUAAGCAUUAUACAUAUUCUGUUUAUUCUAUUCUAUUUCUAAUACUUGUUUAAAAAUUACAAUAUUUAUAUAUAUAUACAUAUUAGCAUAUCAUGACAACUGUUAUAUUUAUGUUCUUACAACAUAAUUAAUUAUUAGUCAAUAUAUUGUUGGGUAAUUAGUGUUGAUGAAAGGACAUUUUGGCUAUGUAUUGUAAUUUCUUUGUACUGUAACAUUGACCGUAAUCUGUACAUGGCAUUAUAUGCUUUUUAUUAAAGGUUAACUUUAUAAGAAACUUAAAGACAGUAAAGCUGAAACCAGGCCCCGUGCUUAUAAACCUUGAAGUCUAGACUUUAAUAAAGUCCAGACUUUAACAUCAUGGCAACGCCAUUCAAAUAGCAUUACAUUAAAGUCUAGACUAGACUUGAUUAAAGUCUAGACUUUAAGUUUUAUAAGCACGGGCUACGACCAAAAUAGCUUUUGUCAUUACCUUUUCAUUUUUUUCCUAUAAACUUCUUCAUCUUCUUCUUCUUAUUAUAACGGCUAUUUAAUGUUGUUGUUUUUAAUCUUGAAAAUCAUGCAUUAAAAUUGCAUUUAGGUUAAAACAAAAAAAAAACUUAUUUUAAGGUGUAAUCUGUGAGAAUUUCCCCCAAUGGCAGCUGUGUAAUAGCAUACUGAACAUGAUCCCAUCACAUAAUGAAUAAGAAUUAAGAAUGUCAUCCCUGUUUUUAAUUAAACUUUAGAACGUUCAGAAUAGAUAUUUUGUAAGACAAUUUGUGAUGCUUGCAUGCUAGCGGUAGUAGGAAUAAACGUUUUUACUUGUUCUGGGCUUCUAGAUUAUGGUAGCCCCACUCCCAUGGCUAGUGAUAUUCAAUGUUAAGAUAGAUUAUGGUAGCCCCACUCCCAUGGCUAGUGUUAUUCAA